AUGAUGUUCUUAUUCAUCAUCCCAAUUAUUUUCCUCUGGCUGUUUUACGAAUUAUACUACAAACGGUGGAACUAUCCACCUGGACCUAUCCCAGUGCCUUUUGUUGGAAACAUCAUCCCAUUCAUUUGGGACAAACCUGGCUAUGAAUGUUUCAGGAAAUGGAACAAAACGUAUGGAGAUGUGUACACAUUUUGGCUAGGGCCCUCUCCAUAUGUCAUGAUUGGAUCUUACGAACUCAUGAAAGAAACUUUUGUGAAGGAUGGGGACACUUAUACUGACAAAUUGCAACAACCAUUCACUGAGAAGUUUAGAGGUGGAAAAUUUGGAAUCAUCGAGACCAGUGGACACUUCUGGAGCACUCAUCGACGCUUUGCUCUAUCCACUUUCAGAAAUUUUGGACUUGGAAAGGAUUUGAUGCAGCAGAAAAUUCUUUUAGAAAUUGAGGAGUUCUUCAAAGUAGUUGACAAGAAUAUUGAAGAAGAGCAAGAUGUGCCAAAGGAGAUUUAUAAUACAGUGGCAAAUGUUAUAAAUCAGCUAGUUUUUGGAUACCGGUUUGAUGAAGAGAAGCAGGAAGAGUUUCAAAAGUUGAAGGAUCUAAUUGAUAUCCAGGAAAAAUCCUUCACCAGUUUUAAAUAUUGCAUCCAAGCGUUUGCACCUGGUAUCGGAAAAUAUCUUCCGGGAAAGUCACUGGAUGAUAUUAUCACUGAAAAGCGUGAGGACUACUACAGCUUUUUCUAUGCCCAAAUAGCGGAGCACCGUCUGAAAAUAGAUUUUGAGUCCGAAGACGUUUUGGAUUAUGCAGAAGCUUAUCUGAAAGAGCAGAAAAGACAAGAAGAGAAAGGAGACACGGAACUAUUUUCGAAUCAACAACUUGCAAAUAUGUGCUUUGAUUUGUGGUUCGCAGGACUCACUACUACUCAUACAACGUUGACUUGGACAGUGGCUUAUGUCAUGAAUCAUCCAGAAGUCCAGGAAAGAAUCCACAAGGAGCUUGAUAGAGUGAUAAGAGAUGAUAAAAGAUUGGUGACGACUGCUGAUAAAAAUGAGCUCCCGUUAAUCAAUGCAGUGAUAAAUGAGUCUCAACGAUGUGUAAAUUUGCUUCCUCUGAAUCUAUUCCAUGCAACUACAAAAGACACGAUAAUCAAUGGGUAUCCAGUGAAGAAAGGAACUGGAGUGAUUGCUCAGAUUAGUACGGUUAUGUUGGAUGAAAAAGUGUUCCCAGAUCCAUAUGCAUUCAAUACUGACAGAUUUCUUGAUGAAGAAGGGAAGCUGAAGAAGAUAGACGAGCUCAUUCCAUUUUCAAUCGGAAAACGGCAAUGCCUAGGGGAAGGUCUUGCCAGAAUGGAAUUGUUCCUGUUCAUUGCCAACUUUUUCAAUCGAUAUCAGGUUUUGCCACCUGCUACUGGUCCACCAUCUUUGGAGAAAGCUGAGAAAGUUGGAGUGUUCCCCAGGAAGUUUCAUGCAGUUUUAAAACGAAGGAAUGUUAAAUGA